AUGGAGACCUCGGGGUCCAUGGGGCAGCCGGGGGUGUCGGGGCGGGGGUCUCGGGGCCGGCUCCUGGCCCCCUAUGGGCGGGGGGGGGGGGAAGGAGCCCGGAGCGCACGGGCAGCCCGGGCUCCCGGGUCUCCUCCCCCUCCGACCGGGACGCCUGGGCUCCCUGCCCCGCCGCCAGCUCCUCCCCCAGCCCUGGCCCCACCCCCUGCGGACUACAACUCCCAGCAUCCCUCGCAGCGGCCCCUCCCUGCUGGCCCCUGCCCGGCUGGGGGACCCGGGAGCGCGGGUGCAUGGAGCCGGCGGCGGCGGCCCCUGGGGGCGGCGGCGGCAGCGGCAGGAGGCCGGGGGGGCGGCGGCCGCGGCGCCAGGACCAGGACCCCGACACCCGCCUGUCCCGGACGCUGUCCUACGCGCUGCGGCACGGCGCGGUCGAGCUGGGGCUGCACAUGGGGGCAGGUGCCGGAGCUGGAGCUGACGCCCCUGGAGACGCCAGAGUCGCUGCCCCCCACCCUGGCCCAUGGCACCCGGCGCCGGCUCUGGGACUCCAUCCGCCGCGGGGGCCUGUCCCGGCGCGGCCGCACCCACAUCCACCUGGCGCCCGGCCUGCCCGGGGACGCCGGGGUCCUCAGCGGGAUGCGGCCGGACUCGGAGGUGGCCGUCGUCAUCGAUGGGCCGCAGGCGCUGGCAGAUGGGAUCCGGUUCUUCCGCGCGGCCAACGGGGUGGUCCUGACGCCCGGCGAUGCCCACGGGGUCCUGCCCCCCCGCUACAUUCUGUGUGCCCUGCAGCUGCGGCCCAGCCGCUGUCUCCUGCCCUUGGACUGACUGCGUUGCCCCCCCAGGGCCUCAGGAUGGGGGGGCAAUUACUGGACUGAUUAACACCUCCUUAACCAGC